AAGAUCUAUCUAAAGGAGCACAUUUACAUGUGGUCUUGAGGUGUACUCCACCAGUUCUCAAUACUUCUCUCUCUCCCUCCUCCCUCUCUAUAUAUAUCUAGUUAUCCACCUCACAAAUGCCAUUACCCACCUGAAGAAAGAAACUAACACCUCUCUCUUUCUCUCUCUCCUUUUUUUCCUUUCAUCAAUCACCCAUCACAAAUGGGCCACAAGCAUCUCUAUCUUCUCCUUGCAUUCCUCCUAGUAAGCUCCACCCAAGUCAGAUUCAUGGCAGAAGGUAGUAUAAUCUCAAGGUUCCUUCAAGUCAUCAAUAUGGGAGAUGAAGAUAAGGUAUUUGUAAGGGCUCGGAUCGGAUCGAGGCCACCGAGCUGUGAAAGGAGGUGCAGUUCAUGUGGUCAUUGUGAGGCAGUUCAAAUGCCAGCGGUCCCGCAAGAUGGAAAUGGAAGAAGACACUCUUCUAAGGUCACUACAAUCAGUUCAAGAGCUGCAGACACUUCCAACUACAAGCCCAUGAACUGGAAAUGCAAAUGUGGGGACAUGAUAUUCAAUCCAUGACUGAGGAAAGAAAAAAGAAAGAAGAGAUCAUUUGAAUUGUAUUGUAUAAUGGCGAUACUUGAACAUGAGCAGUCUCUCUCUCUCUCUCUCUCUCUCUCUCUCUCUCUCUCUCUCUCUCUCUCACGGUGACUGUUUGGUUUUGGAGUUGUUUGGCUUUCAUUUUCAUUACCUAUGUAAUCUCACUAUCUUGCUUUAUUUCAUGUACAUAUGUAUCAACAUCGAAAAGGGUAACAUGCUUAUCUUUUGUGCU